ACCGACGCCGCGAAUUGCGGCCGCGCGGGCCGCUGGCGGCGCUGAGACAAAGGGCGGAUUGUCGGAGCGCGGCGUCAGGCCGUUCCCAGGGGCUGCAGCAGCCCGGAGCUGCAUCAAAGGCAAUCGCGGCCCUCGGUCGUCAAGGCGACGCGGACAAGAAGACCCCUCUUACCCUCUUUCCUCCUCUCGACCCCCUGCCUCCCCCCCACUUGUUACUCUGCUAGCAGCUCUCUUCAGAAGCGUUUAACUGCAAUAACUGUUUAAUUAGCCCAGAAGCUCUUAGCGAUCUUUCUGUACUCGGAGGUUAGGCCCGUGGAUUUGUUUCUUGUUGUGGAUCAGUACCUGUAACCUGCGUGCCUUGUCCUGCUUACAGCUGAGACAAGAGAAAAGCUGCAGGUUUGAAAAUCCCUGUUAGUAAUACUGAGCUCUGCCUGCAUGCGGGUCCUGGCAGUAAGCUCUGCUUGGGAUAACUGCACGGUGCUUUGAGGCUUCUCCUUUGAAGGCACGCAGCAUAGACACAUUUGGGUCACGGGAAAGGGUGACAAAUUUUGAGGGCUUUGGUGCUGAUGUGAUGAGAGGAGGGGGCUGUGAGAGGCAGCAGGCAGAGGAGGUGAUCCACGUGUGCCUCAGCUCUCUGGAGGCUCUGUGCAAAGCUAGCAUUUGUUAGGAGCAUAUUUCAGAGGAUAUUGUUAGCUCUGCUUAAGAAAACAAAAGCCACAGAAAACAAGCUGUUCUGACUCAAGCUGGUCUGGUUCUGCUUACGAAGAACAUGAGAGCUUUGGUGACGGGAUGCUAUGCCUCUGUGCUAUGCCACAUUCCCACCUGCAUCCAUGGCCACUUUGAGUGUCUGUGGACAAAGCACGUUUUGAGUUUGCUCCCAGCGUUUCUCUCAGUUGAUGGGUUGUGCUGUCUCAGCGGUCGGAGCGAGCAGGCCGGACUGGAGGGAGCUGGACGAUGUGCUGAUGAAGAGCUCUGUUCUGGUUGUGGAUUCCAGAGAGGCAGCGCUGACGGAGUCGGGAGAUGUCAUCCUGUCCGGGGCAGAGAUUUUUGCUGAGCUGGGGGAGAUACUGAAGGGUACAAAACCAGCGGUGCCCGAGAAAACCACAGUCUUCAAGUCUCUGGGGAUGGCAGUUGAAGAUACCGUAGCUGCAAAGUUUGUGUUUGAUGCAUGGUCAGCUGGAAAAUGAAGAGAGAGCUCUGCAGUGCCAGUGAGGCCAUGAAGUACCAGCAGAUCACUUGCACUUGGUUCUCUUGCAUUUCUGGUUAACAAGAUGGGCAGCAAUCCCACCUGAAUGCAGCUUUCAAGAAUGAAAAGUAACGCUUCAUGGGACUUCCUGCUGUUUUCUAUAGCUGUUAGGUACCUGCAGCAUUGCUAGCAAACGUCUCACAGUGUGCGGAUGGAUGGCAGCACUUACACUAACAGGGUGUUCUUACACGC